UCUUUCUUUUAUCAAUAUGUUUAUUAUUUCAGAAAUAUUGAAUUUGUGUGUCCUCGGGUAAUUUAAUGAGGCUUUACCAGAAGACAAUUUUUUCCAGAAAUCGGAACUUUUUACCUUACAAAUUUUUUGUAACAAUUGGAAGAACCUUUGUGCCACUGUCUUUGAGGGUUUGAUGCCUAUUUUUAAUUAGCUUUUUGUUCACCCCUUCACUGGCCCACCCCACUCAGAGCUUUCAUCAAUUUCUUCUGGACUGUUAAGAAGAGCCUACGUGAUUAAUCAGGAAAGUAACUAGGAAGAAAAAUGAAGAUGAUAUCCUGAAAAGACUUUUAAAUGCAAACUCGACACCUACGAUUCUUAGUUCAAGAGAACAAUACUGAGACUUGCUCCCCCAAAUGUUAAUCAGAACCCCUAAUCAGUGGCAUCCACUGAGUGCCUACAAGACAUACCGAAUUUCAGGCUCACCCCAACUCAAGAAUAACAAUCUGGCUUUUAACAAGAAUCCUAAGUAGAGGAAAAACACAUAAGUUUAAGGACAGCACUGGAGCCCCUGAAGGGGUCAUGAGGAUGGAACGGUUGGGUCCCUCGAACCUUAGAUGUGCCACAGGACCAAGGGCUGCUGGAGGAAAUUGAUUGUAGGCGUGUUGCCCCCGUCGAGUUUCUCGAAAAGUGACCCAACCUCGGGUUGAACAGGUGAUUAGGACCCCUGCAGGUGGCAGCCAGACCCCACUAUGCCGAGGCUUUUUGAAGCACCAGGAAAACGAAGAAUGCGGGGCGCCGCAACCCCAAACUGAGCCAAACGCUGACCGACAGCACAAGGUAAGCAGAUUACAGAGAAACCGCGCUGGAGUGCACUGGCCACACUCAUGUCAACCUGUCCCACCCAUUUCUCAAACGAUGGCAUGAAGUCUUAAAUUUUGAGUUUUUUCAUAAAAGCAGUGAGAAAGUUCGAGUAAAAUUUAUAGUAGAGAAUGAAAAUAUUUUUCAAUAAAUUUAGAAAAGUUGUAAAAAAUUGGCUAAUAUUUCAGACUUAGUUUAUGUAGAAUGUCUUGGGAGCUAUGCUGAAAGUUAAGUUCCCCAAAAUAUAGGGUAAAGUACUAAGUAGUUCCAUGUUCAGGAGAUACACAUGAAUAAUUCGGACUGCAGCACAACUAUUGCAGUAUGGCAAAAAUGACGCCCCAAGCAUGAGUCUAAUACAACAGUGUAAAUGACACAACAAAAAUAAAGAAAACAAUAACAAUCUUCUAUAAUGAAGAAGAAUUUAACUCAAGAAUAUUUGCAGCAGGUUAAGGAUGGGGUUGAGGAUGACUAAUUUGAAACAGUAGUUAAAAACAUAAAGAGCUUGUGAUCCUCUUAUUAAUUAUUUAAAUAUAUAUGAGUAUCUCCUGUGUCUUACUGUCUUUAAAAUACCAGAUUGAUUGAGGUCUUUUUGACAAAGUAUGAAACAUAUUAGUGUUCAUCAGGACUGAUGUGUGUGUGUGUGUGUGUGUGUGUGUGUGUGUGUGUGUGUCUGAGUAUCUGUUUGAUAUGAGUUUGAUUGAGGUGUUUUUGCUGUAGGUCAUGCAAGUGUUAUGAACACUGAACCUGUUGAGUGCCAGGGAUUUCACGGAGCUAAAGAGACUGGGGUUUGCUGGGUGCAUGCCAGGUGGCAGGUAGUGAUACCGGUGUGGGGGUUGGGGCAUCUUGCCCUUUUGCUGGCUCCUUCUGUCCUUUCAGGCAGGAAUCCCUGAAGGAGGCUUGGACUCUGGCACAGUCCCUCUUCAGAUGGCAGAUGUCAUCUUCCUGUGCUUGGCUUUCUUGGGGGUUCUCAGCGGCAUGCCUGGGCUUCUACCUUGGGCUUGAUUUCACCAAAAAAAGCUUUGGAAACACCCUCUACACACGAUCGACCCCCAUGGGAAGCCAGUUUCAGGUGUCACUACCUCUGCUGCACACUGGGCUUGCCUCUUUGUGGUUGUUCCCUCCAUGUCCAGACAGUAGUGGUGAGAUGCAGGAGUCCCUGGGCUUGGAGAUAAAGGCAGGGCCCCUUGGUCGGUGGCCCAGGUCGAAAAGUGGCAGUCAGCUCAUUGGGCCGGGUAACGUUCUGGUAACACCCAAAGUGCCCGCUUCCUGGCCUGAAGCGCUCUCCUCCUCCACCCGACCGGAACCGAAGAGUGGCUGCAACGAGGUACUGAGGUCAGGACUGUCAGGGGCCUAUGCUGCUUGUGGCACGCAACCUCCUUCCAGGCGCCGCCCCUGCCACCGUCUCCACCUUGUACCUGUGCGGCAGCAGCUGGACAGCGCCAACAUCGCGGCUCCCCAGCUGGGCAGACGAAAGCGCAUGCGCAGGCGGCCUGUCACAAGCGCCAGCGCUGAGCCCGGGCUCGCGUCACAGGAACAGCCACCGUUGCCUGGGGAACGAUCACAGUGGCUUCCCAAAGCAGCGGUCCUCUGUGGCAGUGCCUCAGCAUCGGGCAACGGACUCUUUCUCCGCGUGAUCAUCGCUGAGUCCUGCGAUUUUAGGAAUCCGGCAGGCCGAGCCAGGCAGAAGAAAGAUCUGUCGGGGCUUCAGGGAUGUCCACGGCGCUCCCCAAGAAUCACCGAGAUGCUGCAGACCUGCCCAAACAGUGUGAGGGUGCCUCUCGUUGAAAGCCCUCGUGGCUGGGAUUUCCAGGCACUCAGUGGAUGCCACUUAUUAGGGGUCCUGAUUGACAUCUGGAGGAGCAAGUCUCAGUAUUGUUCCUUUGAAGUUAGAUUUGUAGAUGUUGAGUCUGCAACUAAAUGUCUUUUCAGGAUAUCAUCUUCAUUUUUCUUCCUACUUACUUCCAUAAAAAAUAAAAACACACUGAUUGCCAAAAUAAAAAGAAACAGAUUGAUUAUUCAUUAGUUUACUGUGUUUGAAUGACUAAUUUAGUUGACUUUUGCUUACCUAAGGACAGAUUACAAGGUAUGAGUUAGCCAUGGUAUGAAAUAACAGUGGGCUUGUUAUCAUAACAAGUGAACUAUCAGUCAUGUAAGAAUAAUUUAAUAUUUUUAUUGUCUAAUGUAAUUCUGCUUAGAAAUACUUGAUAUCUAAUCUAGCAUGGGUAUGUUCCUUGAUCUUAGCUGUCCGAGUAAUUUUUGGGAGCACGGCCUUCUUUUCUUCCACUCUAUAAGGGACAGUGGUCUGCAUCUGGGAAUUACACAAUCAACGCAUAGAAUGUGCUGUGCUUAAAAAUAUUAGAAUUAUAUCCACUUUUAUUUAUUUUUCUUUUUGAGAUGGAGUCUCUCUCUAUCACCCAGGCUGGAGUGCGUGGGCGAGAUCUCAGGUCACUUUAACCUUCACCUCCCAGGUUCAAGUGAUUCUCCUGCCUCAACCUCCCAAGUAGGUAAAAUUACAGGCACACGCUACCACACCAAGUUAAUUUUGUAGUUUCAGUAAAGACGCGGUUUCGUUAUGUUGGUCAGACUGGUCUGAAACACCUGACCUCAGGUAAUUCACCUGCCUCGGCUUCUCAAAGUGCUUGGAUUACAGACAUGAGCUUCCAUGUCCCGAUGUUUCUCCUUUUAAAAUUAUAAUUUAAUAAAACUACAAAUCAAUAGCCAAAGAAAAAUCUGAAGCUCACAAAUAUGUGAAAAGUAAAUAACAUAUUCCUUGACAUCCAACGUGUCAAAUAGAAAAAGCAAAGGGAAAUCAGAAAGUAUUUGUCAAUGAGAAAAGAAAAUAGAAACACAACAUACAGUAACUCAUGGAAUGCAAAAUAACCCAGAAAACAAUUCUAAAACAGAAAUUUAUAGUGCGGUCUUUCCAUAUUAAAAAAAGAAAGAGAUGUUAGAUGAAACUUAAUUCACAAAAUAUUUCAAAAAACUAAAUAUUCUCAAUGAUUGCAUUAUAAUGAAAAUAAUAGGCUGGGCACAGUGGUUGACACCUGUAAUCUCAGCACUUUGAGAGGCCAAUGUUUUGAGAGGUGGAUCAUCUGCGGUUAUCAUUUGGAGAAUAGCCUGGCCAACUGGGUUUCACCGUGUUUCACCCAGUCUCUACUAAAAAUAAAAUAAUUAGCCGGGUGUGGUGGUAGGUGCCUGUAAUUUUGCUACUGGGGACACUGAGGCCGAAGCAUCCCUUGAAACUGGGAAAUGAAGGUUGUGGUGAGCCAAGAUCACACCACUGCCCUCCAGCCUAGGUUACAAAAGUGAAACUUUAGAUAGAGAGAGAGAGAAAAUAAAAAUCAGAGCAGAAGCAGAUUUCAUAGAUACAUAAAAGACAAAAAGGAGAGAAACAAUUUACAUAUAAAAGGUAUCUAAAUUAAACGUUUUAAGAAGAAGAAGAGUAAAUUUCUUUUUUAUUUUUAGGUUGAUUAAGUGUCUCGUUUUCAUUUUGCAUUUAUGCUUACAAUAAGUAAGUCCAAAUAAUUUAUUCUGAUCUCGUGGACAUUGGGUUUUAAAUAGGGUUUGUAUUUAGGCACCAGACGUGUGGCCUUGGGAUUGUGAAACAGCAUUUGUGGAAAAGAAAAAAGUCAGUAUAAAAGAAUAUGCUAUAAAAAGCCUAUAGGGCCGGGUGCAGAGGGUCACUCCAGUAACACCAGCACUUUGUGGAGGCCGAGGUGGGUGGAUCCCCUGAGGUCGAGCUUAAGACAAGGCUGGCCAUCAUGCUGAAACCCCAUCUCUACUGAAAAUACAAAAAUUAGCUGUGAGUGGUGGCAUGCACCUUUAAUUCCAGCUAGUUGGGAGGCUGAGACAAGAGAAUCUGUUGAACCAGAGAGACAGGUUGCAAUGAGUUGAGAUCCCACCAUUGAAUUCCAGCCUGAACAACAAGAAUGAAAUUUAGUCUCAAAAAAAAAAAAAUAAAGAAAAAGAAAAUUAAAAAAAUGGGUAGGGAACAGUACACAGUUGGUGAAAAGACUGGUUAUUGCUGCAGUUACUGGUCCAGGCAGGCGGGGUAGCUCUGACUUAUAAAUGUGUACAUGCAGGCAGAUAAGAGGGACAGAUGACCCAGAAGCCUAGGCUAGUGGAGGAAACAGGUCACUUCUGCAGAUUCAAGAUCUGGGAAUAUAAGUAAGCCAUGAAUCCUCUGGGCAUUUACAUAGCCCGUUGGCAGAAAACUCGAGACGCACAAGUUCUCUUAGCACGAUUUCUGAGGGUGAGGCCUUGUAAUUGGAGGAGUAAUGCUACAUGAUUGUCCAGUGUGCAUGUGUGUGUGAGCAGAAAUCACUUUAUAACAGCAGGGUGGGGAGCGGAGACUUUCCUCAGGACCCUGACUGAAGGGAGAUUCAGGAAAAAAAAGAAAGAAAAGAACGAAAAAGAAAGAAAGAAGAAGAAGGAGGAGGAGGAGGAGGAGGAAGGAAAAAGGGAAGGAAGGAAGGAAAGAAGGAAGGAGAAAAAAAAGAAAGAGAGAGAAAAGGAAAGAAAAAGAAAAAGAAAGGAAGAAAGAAAAUUUGGCUUACCCGAAUCCUCAGAAAUUUUCUCCUGGGUUUUCUUUAAAAGUUUUAUGUCUUUAUCGUUUACAUUUAA